AUGUCUCAUAGCCCCCCGUUCACUACAUCUGUGGCCAACAAGUCUGGGACAGUGCAAUCCUAUGCGGUCUUCAGCGAGGCUCCAACCAUCCGCUCCUCAGGGUCUUCCCCCGGCAUCUCCAAAAUUUCAACCAUACGCAUCAUCACCAGUGUCAAGGGCGUGAGCAGCGGGCAAGGUAUUGGUUACUUUACCCUGAGCAAGAAACUAUAUGCGAUAUGUGGCACUUACGACGUGGACGGUCAUGAAGAGCGGUUGCCGGCUGGCACCGGGGCCGAAGUCAUUGACUAUAAGCUUGUGACCUCGGGUAAAAUUGAUGCCACGGGGAAGGCUAUCGGGGGAACACUCCUGGAGGUCGAUUCUAGCGAAGGCUCCCCCGCGUUCGUGAAAGGUUAUGAGCAAGAACCAGUGGCUGAAGCCGAUUGCUUCGUCAUACGAACCCGGUCCGAGUUCACUUCACAGGAAGCUAAACAAAUUUCUAUGAGGCGUACAAUAGGUUUUCAUGCGACAUUCGUACCUGGACCAAACCAGACCUACCAGAUCGAGCCUUCCAAAGUCUUUCAUGUUGCCAUCGGAAGUUACAAUGCCCGAAAUAUUGUAAAAAAGAGCCUGCGUACAGCCACAGCAACAUUUCGUGUCGACUUUGAAGAGCUAGGCACAGACGAUGUGCAGCUUGUCCAUGGUGAGCGUGGGAACUUGCAGAGACUGGUGAUCGAAGGGGCAGAAGAGGAGUAG